AUGGCGAGUUCAGUCGAGGCGUGCCGCGCGCACCCGUUGUACAGUGUUGCCAGUUCCCACCAUUCGAACGCUAUGCUGUUGAUAAUACUAGCCACACUUGCGGCAGUAGGCGCCAUGCCUUCAUAUAUCGCGGUGCCGGCCGACCAGAUCGCUUUUAUUGAUCUGACGGCAAUGCGAACGCGUCGUGUUCCACGUCAAACGCUGGCACCACCGCCGCUGCCCCAAGGGCUGUACGAACAGGACUAUCAGCCCAUACCGAUCCAGAGUUAUCGACAGCAACCUAUAGAUCUGGCCCCACCACCGUCUCCAGAAGCUCCGGCAAGACUCAUUCAAAUUCAGCCACAAGAUAUAGAUUCAGGAUCAGCCGUUAUUACAGCAGAAUCGCAAUACGCCGAAAGGCCGCCCGAUUUUGGCGAAUAUGUCGAUUUCGGCGCUCACACCGGCGAUAACGGUGCCUUCGGUUGGUACGCUGAUUACCCGAUCAAUAAUCAUGAAGAUUCAGGUUAUAGUUACCGGGAGUAG